AUGUGUAUGCUGCAUCCCAGGCCUUUGCGCAAUCAUAGGAAGUUUCAUCAAGCAGCUCCUGCACCACCGCAUUCUCCAAGUCCUGAGCGUCACAAUGAAGAUGAUGCACUUCAUCUAGAUGAGAACGGCCCAGGAGACGGUUUUAUGCCGGAUGCAGACACUUUAGGACUCAAGUGCAACAUCAAUGGUGAUUUCAUCGACCAGAACUCGCCCCCGCCACUUCGAACCAAUGCAUUACCUACUGACUGGACCCCAUACAAGAGUCGAGUUGCAUUUGAAACAGCCGAAUUCCUCUUCACACGCAAUCAAAUGUCCGCAGGGCAGAUUGAUACCCUCCUUGAUCUCUGGGCGGCAACACUCAUCCAAUAUAACGAUUCCCCUCCAUUUGCCUUGCACUGUGACCUGUAUGACACCAUUGAUUCGACACCGCUUGGCGACGUUGCUUGGGAGAGUUUUUCAAUGUCGUAUAAAGGAGUCAAGCCAGCGGAAAAUGUUCUGCCAUGGAUGAAGGUGACAUAUGAAGAUAAGAUUGCCGAGGAUCCAGAGAUGCACAGAUCAACCUUCGUGCCUCUGAUUGUCGGAAGUGACAAGACUACGGUAUCAGUAGCUACAGGUCACACUGAAUACCAUCCACUAUAUCUCUCGAUUGGAAAUGUCUUCAACAGGUUUCUUGCAAUACCAACAACCACCAAAGAAGAUGCUGAUGAUGUCGACUUUCAAAACUUCCACUGGCAAUCAUUUCACUCCUCUCUCACCAAUAUAUUCAAGUCCUUAAAGAAAAACAUGACGACUCCUGACGUUCAAGUGUUACUCUCUGGGAUUGUAACGGGUUGGUGUCCGAAGUGUUUGAAUAAUCGAAAUGCUCUUGAUGGUGAUGGAUUACUCCAGUGCCAAGAGCACAUUGACUUGCUUGUUCAAGAGCUCCAGCACAAACAGUUGUGGUACGAGUACGGUAUUGUUGGAGAUGUUGUGCCAUUUACAAAUGAUUUUGCUCAUGCAGAUAUACACAAGCUUCUUUCGCCGGACCUCCUACACCAAAUCACCAAAGGUACCUUCAAGGAUCACCUCAUUGACUGGGUGGGAGAAUACCUAGAGCAUAUGCAUGGAUUUUCCCAGUGGACUGGUGAUGAUUCAAAAGCUCUUAUGAAGGUCUAUCUGCCUGCCAUUAGAGGCCAUGUUCCCCAAGACAUCAUUCGUGCAUUCAGUGCCUUCCUGGACUUUUGCUAUAUUUUCCGGUGCGAGGCACUUACAGAAGACGAUCUUGUGCAACUUCAAGAUGCACUUGAUUGUUUCCACCAGUAUCACGAAGUGUUCAAGACCACAGGAGUCCGACUCACCUUUUCACUUCCCCGCCAACACUCUUUACAGCACUAUGCUCAAAUGAUACGGCUCUUCAGAGCACCCAAUGGCCUUUGCUCAUUGAUAACAGAGUCAAAGCACAUCAAGGCUGUCAAAGAGCCCUGGCGCUGCUCUAGUAGGUAUAAAGCACUAGGUCAAAUGCUACUGACAAACCAGCGUCUCAACAAAAUUGCUGCUGCAUGCAGUGACUUUGAGGCUUGUGGUAUGCUCCAUGGAUCAUGUGUAUCUGAUGCUUUGCAAAUGCUGAAAAACCUCAAUGAACUGCAACACCAGACCACCGAGGGCGAAGCAGCUGACAUCGUUGAUGGACCAACUGUUGAAGCUCAUGUGGAGCUUGCCGCAAAACCAAGUGGUGCAUGUGAUGUCCCUACUCUCACUCUCACUCUUGGGCUCCCUGAGUUUCCCGCCAUGAUCCAACAGUUUCUGUACGACCAACUUCACCUUACCAACCGUGAGCAUGCCGCGUUUGAUCCAGCCACAGCCCCAGCUUUCAUGGGCCGCAUUUUGAUAUAUAGUUCAGCGGCUGCCUCAUUCUAUGCCCCCAGUGACCUCAGCGGCACUGGAGGCAUGCAACACGAGCACAUUUGGGCAACAACCUCAUGUAUGAAUGAUGAGGUCAGUUGCGGCUUGGAUGGGCUCACCGUCACAAGAGUGUUGUGCUUUUUUAGCCUCAAGUACCGAGCAAAAUAUUUGCAGUGCACAGUGGUUCGGUGGUUCUCAUAUGUCACUGACAGCCAUGAUCCUGACACAGGGAUGUAUAUUGUCGCGCCCUCAACCAAUGAUAAUGGCACACCCGAUGUCUCAAUCAUACACAUUGAUUGUAUAUUCCACGCAGCUCACCUCAUCCCUGUCUACGGCAACAAUUUCAUACCUUGUGAAGUCACCCUUCAUAACUCCCACAACAUGUUUCACACCUUCUAUAUCAAUAAAUAUGCCGACCACCAUGCAUUCGAGGUUGGUGUCAUAUCCCAUACCUCCGGAUCUGGAAUUCUGGAUCUACUUCAUUGA